ACAUCACGCCAUCGAUCUCUCGCGCACGCGCACUUGAUCAACCAACAUGCACGCUCACGUGCGGAAAAACAGUUUUUCUCUGAAUAUCAGAUGUGCCGACGUGUGUCCUCUCACGUUGUUUGAUAUGCGAACGACGACGAUGGCGAGCAAUGUGUGGGGUGUUUUGCGCCGUUGCAUGAGAGGAAACGAAGAACUGAUUCUCAGAUACGCAAAGUUGUCAGAAAACGCGUACGCACCAAUGAAAGGCUCGACAUAUGCAGCAGGCUACGAUUUGCGAAGUGCUUACAAGUACAUCAUUCCAGCCCACGGAAAAGAAUUAAUCAAGACUGAUUUGCAAAUCGAAGUUCCUCCCGGUACG